GCUCAUAAAUAGAAACUCUAGAAACUCCUACACAUUUCAAUCCUUCUCUCCAGAAACUUCCCCAUCCAUCCUCGUAUCCUCCUAUAAAUACAGAAACUACCUCCUCUCAUUCUAUGAAAAAGCAAUUGAUAAGUAUCACUUUCGCUGAAACAAUUUUUAAUAUCACCAAAUAAUAAGAACACUCGUUUCAUCGAUAUGGAUUUGAGGAUCAUGGGUUUGGACUCUCCCCUCUUCUCGACACUCCAGCACAUGAUGGACGUAGCCGAACACGAUUCCGACAAGUCGUUCAACGCUCCAACACGCACAUACGUGAGAGACGCCAAGGCAAUGGCGGCAACGCCUGCCGACGUGAAGGAGUACCCCAACUCGUACGUCUUCAUAAUCGACAUGCCUGGGUUGAAGUCGGGGGACAUUAAGGUGCAGGUGGAGGACGACAAUGUGCUGCUGAUAAGCGGAGAGAGGAAGCGGGAUGAAGAGAAAGAAGGGGCUAAAUAUGUGAGGAUGGAAAGGAGAGUCGGCAAGUUUAUGAGGAAGUUCGUGCUGCCUGAGAAUGCGAAUACUAAUGCCAUUUCGGCAAUUUGUCAGGAUGGAGUUUUGACUGUUACUGUGGAGAAGAUGCCGCCUCCCGAGCCGAAGAAGCCGAAGACCAUUGAAGUUAAGAUUGCUUGAAGCGUUUGCAGAGGGUGUGUUUUCACUUUUCUUGUCUAUUAAAUAUAAUAAAUGUGUUUAGGAAAUGGUUUUGGUUUUGUUUCUCGCUGUGUAUGGGUUCUGUUUUGGGAUCUGGUGACGGGUUUCUAAUGGUUUUGUGUAAUAAAUGUGUUUACUGUUUAGGAAAUGGUUUUGGUUUUGUU